AUGCUCGUCGUCAGGAGAAGAGGCUUCCUCACUUUGUUUCCCGCCGCGGCGAUCCUGCUGUUCUUGGUCUUUUAUCUCCGCCCGGAUGUCGUGACGCUACCACGGCUAGAGGAUGGAGGGCGGCCCGGUGCUGGUCGGGAAGAUUCCUUUUGGAGCAAGGUCCCCCUCCAUUAUCCGCCCGACUCUAUCCGGCCGCUACCCACUGGGCUGCCGGUCCAAUACCCCCCCAUCCAGACCACCACAUUCCCCGCAGAGGAGGACCAGGCCGCCCGCGGCCGGCGUGUGCAGCGCCAAAAGGCCGUCCGAGACGUCUUCGCCAAAUGCUGGGCGUCGUACCGCAAGUUGGCAUGGGGCGCCGACGAGCUGACCCCCGUGUCGGGCGGCCGCAAGGACCCCUUUGGAGGAUGGUCCGCCACGCUGGUCGACUCGCUCGACACGCUGUGGAUCAUGGACAUGAAGACCGAGUUCGACGAGGCCGUCGCGGCGGCCGACGGCAUCAACUUCACCCACACGGCCGUGGACAGGGUCAACGUCUUCGAGACCAACAUCCGCUACCUCGGCGGCUUCCUCGCGGCCUUUGACCUGAGCGGCGACAAGCGGCUGCUGGGCAAGGCCACCGAAGUCGGCGACAUGCUGUACAAGGCCUUCGACACGCCCAGCCACAUGCCCAUUACUCGGUGGGACAUGCGCGCCGCCAUCAAGGGCGCUAAGCAGGUCGCCAGUGAAGGCCUCAUCGCCGAAGUGGGCACCCUGUCCAUGGAGUUUACGCGCCUCUCUAUGUUGACGGGCGACCCCAAGUGGUUCGACCUGGCGCAGCGCAUCACCGACGACAUGGCCGCCCAGCAGGACUCGACCGCCGUGCCCGGUCUCUGGCCCCUGAAAGUGAAUGGGCAGAAGAGGAUCUUCAACUCAGGCCCGGACUUCACCCUGGGCGCCAUGGCCGACUCGGCAUAUGAGUACUUGCCCAAGAUGUCGGCCAUGAUGGGCGGGCAGCUGCCCAUGUAUCAGACCAUGUACGAGAAAGCUAUGGACGCGGCUACAAAGCACAACCUGUUCCGCCCCAUGACGCCGACGAAUGAGGACAUUCUUAUCGCGGGGGAUGUCCACGCUAGGGAAAAUGGCAUGGAGUUUGAAGCGCGGGGCCAGCAUCUCACCUGCUUCUUGGGGGGGCUGAUGGCGCUGGGUGGGAGGCUCUAUGGCCGUGAGAAGGAUGUAAUUGCGGGGAGGAAGUUGACUGACGGUUGCGUAUGGACAUACAAGGCGUUUCCCCAGGGUAUCAUGCCCGAGUCGUUCGUCACGGUCUCGUGCCCGGCAGGCGAUGCGUGCGAGUGGGACGAGGGUGUCUGGAAGAAGGAGGUUCUCCGGAAGGCCAACAAAGACACCGACGGUCCAGAGAGCAACGCCGAAGCCGAGGUCAUCAUCAAGAAGCAACGGCUUCCCCAGGGGUUCACCGCCGUCUUUGACCGGGCGUACCUCCUGCGCCCGGAAGCCAUCGAGAGCGUCUUUGUGCUGUACCGCGUCACUGGAAAGGUGGAGCUGCUGGAGGCGGCGUGGGACAUGUUCACGGCCAUCGACAAGGCGACAAGCACCGACCUGGCCAACUCGGCAAUUCGCGACGUCACAUCAACGGAUAAGCCCGAGGCGAAGGACUCGAUGGAGUCGUUCUGGAUGGCCGAGACGCUGAAAUACUUUUAUCUCAUUUUCAGCGAUCCGGAGCUGAUCAACCUCAACGAGUAUGUGCUCAACACGGAGGCCCAUCCCUUCCGGCGGUUGUUGCCCAGCCCAUAG